CAUAUUUCCGGUGGUGGUACAGGUUUACGAACCGCGACCGUAAUAGGGAGCUACAGUGUCACGACCGCCAACCUUUGACCUCAGUUAGGGUUGCGUUCUCGUGAACAAAGGCCAAGUCUAUAUAGCGCCCCCUGCCUCAGCAAUUUAUCUGUGUCUAGGUGCCAACGAGCAACUUUAUGCUAAACAAGCUCAUUGUUACUACCUCUUGGUAUUAGCAGCGUACGGCUCCAUAGCUCAGGGGUUAGAGCACUGGUCUUGUAAACCAGGGGUCGCGAGUUCAAAUCUCGCUGGGGCCUGAACUUAUUUUAUUGGGACAGUGGUGACCUUGGUGGUUGAGGACGCCUAUUUAGGGUCCGGAAGGUUUCAACGUUCGAGUCCUGAAACCUGUGCCAUGAUAAAGGUACUUUUAACAUGGCACUGAACCCGCGUACUGCCACCUGCUGAAUCUGGUGAUGCGAUAAAAUACUGAGGUCACAUGGUUGUGUGCUCACUUUCCUGGAAGUUAGAAGUAAAACUACGUGUUUGGGGCAGGUGGUAGCCCACUGCGAAAAAAAUUUAAAAAAAAAUCUGCGUAGCGUUGAUCGUCUCGCAGUGCGACCCGCCUUCGGAUGAUCUGAAGACUCGUCGUGGUAUUCCAGGGCGCUUCUAAUUAUUGCCCUCACCGCGCGCCUACUUCCAAGUGUGGCUCGGUUUAUUUGGCGCAGAAGCUGCAGCUUCAAACCGUCGACCUCGGAGAGACUUCCACGUCCACGCAAGUCGACGUCAGAGGUUUGACGAUUGAAAUCAGGAAUAGGUUUUCGAAUCAUCUCUUCCUCUGCUGUUUUUUUAUUUGUUUGUUUCGUCUCGUCUCGUUCUCGGAGCCGCUCUGUCGUUAUCAAGGAUGUUUCGGCUUCACUGUUCCUCAAAGCUGCAAUCACGGGCUUUUAUUUCAACCGGCUUCACUUCUGCGGUUCCGCCCACGCAGUCUGAAAACAGACUCACUUAAACACAGGGGCCAUCAAAACAACAAGAGGCAGAGUCGCUUUAAAGGGACAGUUCCAGUUUUUUUUACUUCAGUUUGUGGAGCGGCAAAGUACUGGAGUAGCUAACAAAUACUCUCACGCUGGUGGUCCGGCCGAUGAUGUGGUGUGAAGAUGGAGGCUCCUGAAUACCUGGACCUGGACGAGAUUGACUUCUCCGAUGAUUCAGUGUAUGCUGUGACUUCUCUGAAGAGCAUUCCCGAGCUGACCAGGAGGAGCGAUGGUCUGGUGGAGGAGAGACCAGUUCCUGCCAUCAACUGGAGCCGUAGCGUGUCCUCCCUCAGCGGGGGAGGUGGGAUCAAACCCACCGGACUCCCGGAGGUCCACAGCAAGUUCCGGCCGGUGAAGAGGGUCUCGCCUCUGAAACACCAACCGGAGACCACGGAGACCGACUCGGACGGCUCCAAAGUCCAAGGUCAGGGGCCGGGCGAACCGGGAGAGGGCAGCAAAGAUGACCCCAGCUCAGAGAAGCCCAGUCAAACGUCCGCGCCCUCGGAGGUGUCGGUCGGAAAGGUCAAAGGUCUGGGCGGCGUGGGGGGCGACACCGGUGGGAACAACCCCGAGGCCCUGUUCGUAGAGCUGGAACACUAUGACCUGGACAUGGACGAGAUCUUGGACGUGCCUUACAUCAAGUCCAGCCAGCAGAUGUCCACGCUGCCCCGUAUCUCUCACGACAAACGCUCUGUGACGGGGACCAACCUGGGCGGGGGGACCCUGGAGAGGAACCGUGGUGGUGGCGGGGGGCUGAAGAGCUCCAUGUUGUCCCACAAUGAACCUCUGAGCCUGGGCGGCAGUAGCAGCUCACAGACCCAGUACUGCGUUCUGUCUCCGGUGACCUGGUCGGACCUCAGGAAGUCCAAGUCCAUGGAUCCGGACCUCCACCACCUCCACCGCUCCCUGGCUCGAGGAGGUUACCAGCAGGAGCUGCUCUCCUCGGGACACCUCAGCUGCUCCUCCUCUUUCUCCUCCUUCUCCGACGCAGACAAGUUGCUGUCCGCACGAGUCUUCCCCGACUCCCAGACCCAGCGCCCCAGCCUGGAGCAACUGGGUCUGAUGCACUCCCUGCCGGGGUGCGGUGUGGCCCGGCAGGAUGGUUCUAAAUCUUGGACUGUUGGAUCGGGAGUAGUCCCGGGAGUGGGUGGUGGUCCGAGGGGGUUCCUCGGAGGAGGAGGAGAGAUGGACGAGGAGGCGAAGAAGAACCAGAACAUCAUGAACAUCAUCAGAGAAGGACAGAUCUCCCUGCUGCCUCACCUGGCGGCAGACAACCUGGAGCUGAUCAGAGACGACGACGGCAACAAUCUGCUCCACAUCGCCGCCUCCCACGGCCACGCCGACUGUCUGCAGCACCUCACCUCGCUGAUGGGGGAAGACGGUCUGACGGAACGCAGCAACCAGCAGCUGACCCCCGCAGGCCUCGGGGUCAAGAACGGUCAUCUGGAGUGUGUGAGGUGGAUGGUGAGUGAGACCGAGGCCAUCGCCGAGCUGAGCUGCACCAGAGAGCACCCCAGUUUGAUCCACUACGCCGCUCGCUAUGGACAGGAGAAGGUGUUGCUAUGGUUACUUCAGUUCAUGCAGGAACAAGCCAUCUCUCUGGACGAAGUUGACCAGAAGGGCAACACCGCCGUGCACGUUGCCGCUCAGUACGGACACCUCACCUGCAUACAGACACUGGUGGAGUACGGCUCCAACGUGACGGUCCAGAACCAGGCCGGGGAGCGGCCUUCCCAGAGUGCCGAGCGGCAGGGGCACACGACCUGUGCUCGCUACCUGGUGGUGGUGGAAACGUGCAUGUCGCUGGCGUCACAGGUGGUGAAACUCACCAAGCAGCUGAACGAUUGCAGACAGGCCACAGAGAGGCUGCUGCUGCAGAAACAGCUGCAGAGACUCAUGGAUCCCAUCAAGGCAGAGGGAACACCUUCACGUUCACCAAGUUCCCAUCAACCCUCAGUGGAGGCGUGGCCAGAGAUGAUGUUGACAGCAGAGGGCACUCUGGGUGACAACCACUGGUUGGUCCAUCAGGGCAGUGUAAGUCAGGGCUUCGUGUUCAGGCAGCUGCUGAGCAAGGAUGUGCCAGAUACGCUGGGUCCCAAGGAAAGGCUACCAGCAGGGGGCGGCGUGACCCGAGAGGGGCCCUGCAGCGCAGGGGCCACGGGGGGCCGCAGGGUGGGGCUGAUGGAAAGAAGGGAGCUGAAACUAGCGAGACUCAAACAGAUCAUGCAGCGCUCCCUGAGCGAGUCCGACACCGACGGUUAUCCGCCGGAAGACGGCCGAGCGAAUGCCAGUUGCCCCGAUCGACCUUCCCAUUUACCGAUCGCAGAGGAGGAGCCCGUGUCGAACCACCUUCACUUGAUGAUGAGGAAGCACCUCCCGCCCGCCGCCACACCUGAGAGGAAGCAGGCCUUCUCUCUCGCCGAGUCCAAGUCCAUGGACAGUAUGGGGUACAACCCCUCCCCGACCCCCAGCGACCCCGACACCGCAGACGGCAAAACGCCGGACGCCUCCGUCGACUCGCAGGACGGCGCCAACGGCCAGAAAGCGGCCACCAGCCCCAAGAGCGCACUGAAGUCUCCGUCGUCUCGCAGGAAGACCUCCCAGAACCUCAAACUGAGGGUCACGUUCGACGAGCAGGUCCACAAGAGCGCCGGUCAGGAGGCGGAGCCAAGCAAAGGAAAGGAGCGGACUCCGACGGGGAGCUCCGAGAGCAAGCGUUCGUUCGGAGCGUUCCGCUCCAUCAUGGAGACGCUGAGUGGAAACAGUAACAACAACAACAGCAGUGGGGGAGGAGGUCAGUCAGGCUCCACCAUCAAACUGACCAACAGUCAGAAUUCACCGGGAAAGAAGUUAGAGAUCAAGGGUGGAGGUGGAGGAGGAGGAGGAGGCGGAGCCAGGGGGAAAAGUAAAAGCAGUAACGUUUGACGACAUGAACCCAGCGAACUGUGAGAGAACGUCCGAAGAACCUCAGAAGAACAGGAGAACCUGUCAAUCAAACAGGUCACCUCGUGGACCACGUGGGCAGGAGAAAAAAAAGCAAAGACUUCCACAAACAAAAAAAGCUCCUCUGACUUUCAUGAUCUGAGGCUUUUUUGGAAUUAUUUUAUAUGUAUCUGCUGCCACCUAGCGGCAGAGUAGGAGGCAGCAGCUGAAUCAAGACGUUAUUUUGCACCGCCGUCUGACUCCUCCUCCUCGUCUGUCAAGGUGUUCAGGAAGUCCAGAAGAUUCAGCCACUGACGUAUUUCUCUGCGUUGACAUUGUGUGUGAAUUCCGCACAAACAGUUGUUGUUUUGUUUGUUUGUUCGUUUCGUUGCAAUUUUUUUUUUACUUAUUGGACCAAAAACUGUCCAUUUUCUUUAUCUCUGCUCUGCCCAGACUGAAAGCCCGACGCGUUUCUCUUUCGAUAUUUAUGUUUACGCACAUGUGAUCGUUAUGCUAUGAUUCCGAACGUUAUAAUCACGCACGUAGCGCACGUGCGUAGCCAGCACGACAAAUACUUUAAUACCACUGUUUGUACGCAGUACAGCUAGCUGUGGUAGUAUUUAAUUUUCUUAUGUUACACACUUUAAAAAUUUUUUUUUUAACACUUUUAUUGUCUAUGCAGUUUUUUUUUUUGUUUUUUUUUUUGGCGAAAAGUCGACAUUUACGUCCGAGAACGGGAGCUUUGACUAUGCACCUUGUACAACAGCAGCUGGUUGUACCGUGUAGACGAAGACACUACAACGGAGACACUAGUCAGUGUUUGAUAUGGAGUGAAGUUACAAUUAGUAUUUUUUUAAAUUUCAAUUAAUCGUGAUUAAUUGAAAUAAAUGAAGUCAAGUCUGACCUGAAACUGAAGCCUUGGAAAAAAAAAAAAGUUGGGAGUUGAGACGGUAUUUGAGUCUCUAGGCGCUUGUGUGAAACGAAAACAUUUUUCCCCACAGCGUGUCCAAAUAACGUUUGUAUUGACUGUGUUCUGGAGAAACAACAGUACCAAGUACAUUUUUUAAGGGUCAUUUUUGUUACAAAUGUACACGGACCAAUGACUGGAUGAACGUUGAGUGCAAUUGACGAGAUGGAGACGACAAAGUAAAUUUUGCCGAAUGUUGAAUCAGAUUCCUUUUUAAAUUUAAUCAGUGUCCACAAAGAUAUGCAGCUGCUUUUCAUCCCUGUAAUUUAAACUGUUGUAACAACUGUCUACAAACUGAAAUAAAAUGUUUUCCGGAA